UUCUAACUAGCUUUAAACUAGAGCAAACCCAUACCAUUUCCAGCUCUCUUUCAAGUGGGUUUCUCUGGGGAGCUUCCUGGGAGCAAGCCAAUGGCUGCUUUUUUCUUGGUGAUCCUAUUGUGUGUUUUGGGACUCUGUUUCUGCAUAGCUCUGUUGAAAUGGAAUGAGGUAAAAUACAGGAAGAAAGGGUUGCCUCCGGGCACAAUGGGUUGGCCUGUUUUUGGGGAAACCACUGAGUUUCUGAAACAAGGUCCUAACUUCAUGAAAAAUCAAAGAGCUAGGUUUGGGAGCUUUUUCAAGUCUCAUAUAUUGGGGUGCCCUACCAUUGUAUCCAUGGAUCCAGAAACAAACAAAUACAUCCUCAUGAAUGAAGCAAAAGGCCUGGUUCCUGGCUACCCACAGUCCAUGCUUGAUAUACUAGGGAAAUGCAACAUUGCUGCUGUUCAUGGUUCCAAUCACAAGUACAUGAGAGGGGCAUUGGUUGCCCUAGUCAGCCCUUCCAUGAUCAAGGCCCAUCUUCUGCCGAAAAUCGACGAUUUCGUGAGAUCCCACCUCAGCAAUUGGGAUGGCAAAGUCAUUGACAUCCAACAGAAAACAAAAGAGAUGGCACUUCUCUCAUCGCUUAACCAAAUCGCCGGCAUUGAUUCCAUAUCCAUGUCUAAGGAAUUCAUGCCUGAAUUCUUUAAGCUGGUUUUAGGAACCCUUUCGCUUCCAAUCAACCUUCCCGGCACAAAUUACCACCAGGGUUUUCAGGCCAGGAAAAACAUAACCAGCAUGUUGUCGCAGCUGUUGGAGGAGAGAAGAGCUUCCGAUGAAACCCGAAAUGACAUGCUUGCUGUCCUAAUGAAUGGGGACGAGAAUAAUAGAUAUAAACUGAGUGAUGAAGAGAUAAUUGAUCAAAUGAUCACAAUUUUGUAUUCUGGGUAUGAGACUGUUUCCACCACUUCAAUGAUGGCCGUAAAGUAUCUUCAUGACCACCCCAAUGUUCUUCAAGAACUUAGAAAAGAGCAUUUGGCGAUUAGAGAAAAGAAAAGUCCAGAGGAUCCGAUCGACUGGAACGAUUAUAAGUCGAUGCCUUUUACUCGUGCCGUGAUUUUUGAGACGUCCAGACUUGCUACAAUUGUUAAUGGGGUCCUAAGGAAGACUACAAAAGACAUGGAAAUGAAUGGGUUUGUUAUUCCCAAGGGGUGGAGAAUAUAUGUGUACACAAGAGAGAUUAAUUACGACCCGCGACUGUAUCCAGAUCCGUUCACCUUCAACCCAUGGAGAUGGAUGGACAAAACCUCGGAUUCGCAGAACUAUUUCUUUAUAUUUGGAGGAGGAACCAGGCAAUGUCCGGGGAAAGAACUGGGAAUGGCGGAAAUCUCUACAUUUCUUCAUUAUUUUGUAACUAGAUACAGAUGGGAAGAAGUUGGGGGAGACAAGUUGAUGAAAUUUCCAAGGGUGGAAGCUCCAAAUGGGCUUCACAUUAGGGUUUCAAAUUAUGACUAAAUGGCCUUUGUUAAUACUAGUUUUGUACAAAAGAGAUAUAUAGCAUAGCACAAGGAACGUAUAGGGAUGUACAAUAAUUUCUAGCACAUAAGAGGUUGAGUGAAAUUGAUUCAAAAUUUUGGCUAAA